UUUUCGUGUUUUCUUUUAUGAGAGGGAGUGCAUAGUUGAAUUCGGCAUCUUUCUUUCCGCCAUAGGACUUCAGCGCUAAACUUAUUCUCCACGUUUUUCUGAGGCUGUCUUCGAUUUGAUAGAGCUGUGUCCACACAGAAAUUAGUUGCACGGAAGGAAGACAUGCUGGGUAUCAUUAAUUUUCCCUUCACAGAAGUAUAAGUUCUUGGAGCUGAUUGGUGAUACGCAUAACAGGAGCUUAGCACUGCAAUCUCCGAGUUCAUAUUUCAAAAACAGACAGUCACAGGAAAGCUCAAGAAGAGUUAAUAUGCAGCAGAUUUGAAAACUGAAAGGAAAUUGACGAAUGACCAGACCAACGAUUGUGCACUGCUUUCUUCCAAGUUGUUAAUAUAGAUAUCGCACUCAUGGAAGACCAAUGAUGAUGAAUAUAGAACCAAAGGAAGCGGAUUCACCACCAACACAGGAAAAAAUCGCUAGCACCAACCACAAGAUCCUCAAGGCUUCAUCAUCAUCUGGUUCGGCUGCGCACUGGUUAAGGUCGAGAGAUCCAAGGAUUGUCCGUGUCUCGCGAGCCUUCGGAGGCAAGGACCGGCACAGCAAAGUGUGCACCAUCAAAGGGUUGAGAGACAGGAGGGUCAGGCUCUCAGUCCCCACUGCAAUUCAGCUGUAUGAUCUUCAAGAUAGGUUAGGGCUCAGCCAACCAAGCAAGGUUGUGGACUGGUUGCUUGAUGUUGCUAAGCACGAGAUUGAUGAACUCCCACCUCUCCCACUGAUCCAACCAGGUCACAAUUUAGGUCAUCAAAUCCAUCAAUCAAUCCUGUCAAAAUCACAUGAAAUUGUUGGAGAUGACUCAUCAAGCAAAGAUGGGUUGGUCAAGUCAUCAAGAUCAAGGACUUGGUCAUGUUCUGAUCAUCAUCAGGAAGAUGAUCAAGAACCCAAUGACUGUGGCGCCUCAAAAGUCCAAGCACAGAACUAUUUCUUGUCAAGAACUAGCUCAAGCUUCCAUUUGGAGCCUCCAAACAUGUCACUAUUGCCUAAUUCAGCCGCAAUCCAUGGGUUCACCUCCCAAAUUGGAGACCCUCACCAUCAAAAUGUCAACAAUUUCAUUCCAUUUUCUCUACACUCAGGGAGCUCUCAGAUAUUCCUGUGCCCUCCUGGAGUGACCACUGCACCAACACCAUCUUAUUUUCCUUCGCUUUUUGCGACUUCAACAGAUUCCAAUAGUGAUCCUCGACCUGCCAAUCAUCAAUUUCAAUUUGUGAGCUCAGUUAACUCACACAACAUUCUACCAAGUUCUCUUGCACCACCUCUUCUGAUCUCUGCUAGUUAUCCGAGUUUCAUGAGAGCCUCCCAUCUUGACGGGAGUUGUACUGAGGAGGGUCUUCACUCACACAACAGUUUUGGAAGUGACCAGCCAAAUAAAGACCCAUGACAGGUAAAUUAUUGUAUUUGGCGCAGAAGCAAUUAUGUAUAGGGUACGCAAAUAUAUAGUUGCCACCAUGAAGAGGUGAAAGUAGCUCAUGUAAUAAUUAAGCUCUUGUUUAUGGUUUUCUUUACACGGAUGUGUUGUUUGAUUGAGUGAUUGGCAAUACGGCAUUUAGAUAAAAAAUUAAAAAAAAUAGUUAUUUUUUCCCCUUAAUGCUGGCCAAUCUAAGUGGUCCUUAAUUGUACAGAAGAAAAAUAAGUAUUGGACAGUACAUGAAAAUCAGUGAUCUUGGAGCGUUCUUUCA